AUGUUGGCCUAGUUAGAUUGAAUUUAAGUCUUACUUCAGCCCUUCACAUACAAAAAGCUUCCUUCUCGUGAUCGAGUCGUACCAGAUCCAGUCAGCCAGCCAGAUUUUCUUUUCCUCCUAGCCAGACCCCCGAUUCCCCGCCGAAAUGGACCAGAACCAGCCCCUUUUCGCUUUAAUCCAGCAACUCCAGCAACAACUCGUCGACAAGAAACGCCAGCUAGAAGCCCUUACGCCUACUCGACCCAAGUUAAGAUUACAAGAUCCGCCUAGAUUCGACGGCCGACAAUUUAGUCUAAAGACGUGGCUUCCAGCUAUUAAAGCAAAGCUACGGUCGGACGGAUUAGUCGGUCAACCAGCAUUUGACUACGUUUACGAUCGCCUCGAGCCAUCCCAGCAAGCCUCAGUCUUACAUCUUCGCGAAACCAACCUAACACCCGAAGCAGUCUUCCAGUACUUCGAACGUCUUUGUUAUAACCCUCGUGAGAAACAAGAUGCAGUGCUACGAUUCGCAAAUAUCCGCCAGAAAGACGACGAAAGCCUAGUCGCCUACCUCGCCCGAUUCGAACGUCUAUCGCAUGAAGCUAAGGUCCAUAAGCAAGAUCUCCUUCGUACGAUUACCCUACACCGUGGCCUACGGCCCACGUUACGCUAG